AUGACGUUACUACAUGAUGCAUUAGAGGCCUAUCUUGGCCCUCUAUUGAAAAAGCAUAAUAAUGGGACAUAUUUGACAUGGGAAGACUUGACAGCGUCGAAAGCCGCAGCCACAAAAGUCCUCGAGGGAAGCGAUAAUAUAUUUGUUUCGAAAAAAUUGGAUGCUUUGCAUGAAUCACAAGUGAAUGCUUACAAAGAAGCUGGGACUAAAGCCUUGAAAGAAUUUGCCGAGGCAAUGUCUCUUGAGCCAAUGGAGGAAGGCGAUAGCAAAGAAACCUUUGUCAGGAGAUGUGUCCUAGCAAUUCGCAAGACUGAACUCCCACUCUGGCCAGGGAUUGAAAACUUCAAAAAACUCGUUCGUGAGGAAGUCCAAAAACGUGCUUUGGCAACUUUUGAAAAAUAUCAUCCAGCAGAAGGCUCUGAAGAAUUGAAGACCGAGCCGAGUGCCGAGUCAGGUGCCGAGCCAGGUGCAGAACCGAGUGAGGGUGAAGGCGAAGUUGAAGGGGACACUGAACCUGAUCAAAGCGAAGAGGGAGAGGCUGAGGGAGAAGGAGAAGCAAUGACCGAUGAGGAAGAGGGAGAAGAAGAAGAAGAAGACGGGGAAGUCGAGCAGAAGUCAGAUAAACCAGCCGCAGCUCCAAAGGGCAAAAACAAAGUCAACAACAAAAACAAUCCAAAGAAAAAGGUUGUUCGCAAGAAAGGCGCUGGUGCAAAAAGUGGAAUCCGCAAGAACUUUGCAGGAAAUCGCCGCGGAAAGAAGAAUGCUCCUGGAAACAAGAGCGGGUAA